AUGAUUUGCAAGAGUGAUCAUAGAAGUAAGAACAGAAAAGCCCAUUUUAAUGCUGAUCAGCAAACUAGAAGAAUUUUAAUGUCAUCUAGACUCUCAGAUGAACUAAGACAGACUUAUCGAUUUAAAUCAUUUCCAAUCCACAAAGGUGAUACUGUUGAUGUUAAAGCUGGUAAGUAUAAGGGAAAGACUGGUAAAGUUAUAUUAGUUUCUAGAAAAUCAAUGAGAGUUAAGAUUGAUUCAUGUACUAUUAAUAAAUGCACUGGAGGUGUUGCUAAUAUGCCUAUUCACCCAUCAAAUUUAGUAAUAACUGAUCUUUCUAUUGAUGAAAAAAGGCAAGCUGCUCUUGACAAAAGAAAGGAAGUUUACGAAAAAAGUAAAGAAUUUUACUCUACUAAAUUUUAA